AUGAGGAUCCGUAGGAGGCCACGGACGAACGAAACAGCAGAAGACGUCUUCUCAGAUGAGCCGCCCACUGCACCACAGCCGCUGCCGCCGACAGAGGCGCAAAAAGAGGGGGAGGUGGAAGAGGAGAAGCUGGGGGAGUUGCGCUGCCCAAGCCCAAAUAUUGAUCUCGGGGAUGACCCCUCCUGGCUGGCGUUGCCGUUGCCGUUGCAGCCGCAGGGCGGCAACAUGAUGGGAGGACGCAGCAGCGAGAACGCCCUUGAUCCUGAUGGUGCACAACGUCAGGGCGCAGCAGAUGCCCACGGGAGCCUCGAGAAUGGAGAACACGACAAAUCUGGGUGGCUGGUCACUGCAACCAGAGAAGCUUCCAUCAACGGAGUCAUGCCGGCAGUGCCAUUGGAGCCCACGGAGCCCCUGAACAUGAAGGAAGGGAUCGAGAGCGACGGCCCCAAGAGCAAGAGGCGGCGUGGCCCUCUGGUGCGUGUGGAGGGCUCCGGGUGCAGCCGUGUGAACGGGCGUGGGUGGCGCUGCUCUAAGCCCACGAUGUUCGGCUACUCUCUCUGCCCGCACCACGUUAGCAAGGCUUGCCAGCCUCGCGGCGCGCCCAAGCUCGGCCGCACCGAGACCAUCAACAGCGGGAACAACGUCUCACCAUCAGCCUUGGCCAUGGUAGCCACAUCACCAUCCGAGGCCAUUGAGCAUGCGGCAAAUAUAACCGAGGAGCCCUCCGGCGAUCAAUUGGACUAGUCCAUUGAACAUUAUUGUUUGAUCAUGUGGACAAAUUUAUCGGUGGUGACUAGCUGUGAAUUCUGUUGGAAUAAUGGACCUUUACCUUUUGGCCCAAUUCUGGAAUAAACUCCUCUUUGAUCGCUAUGAUUAAUAAAAAUCGGUGGGACUUCUAUUA